AUGAACCUGAGCAGCAUCGACGAGAAAUACGACAACGACGCGGAUGUUCACCGCACGAUCUACAUCGAUUUGGAUAAGGUGAUGACGGAGAGCUACGUGAGGCUGCUGCCUGCGCUGCUAAGCUGGCCGGAGAAGACGGCAGUGAAGUAUGUACGAUCGUCGCACACGACUACAAACAACGUAGGCCACGGCUUCAUAACGUUCCCCACGCACCAGAAGGCGUUGGAGGUGCUAGCAACCGUCAACAAGGUGUCCAUGCCUGGUACAUCGAGACCAUUCAAGGGCGACUGGGCUAUCAAUGCACCCCACCUAAUCUCAAAUCCUUUCACUCGCGUAUCGAACUCCUCCACUUCCCCAGACAGGCUACUCAACGAAUUCUCUGUCUUCGUCGGCGAUUUGUCUCCUGAUGCCACAGAACACGAUCUAAUGCGCGCGUUUCAGCACCCGCCCAACCUCUCAAACCCUUUUACUACAUGCACCAACGUUAAAAUUAUGACUGACAAUGCUACCGGAUCUUCAAGAUGUUUCGGCUUUGUUCGCUUUUCUAAUGAGGACGAAAUGGCGCGUGCCUUGGAUGAAAUGCAGGGAAUCCCCGUCGCUGGUCGUCCCAUCAGGCUAUCCACAGCGACUCCUAAGAUAAAAACCCAUCAGCAGCAGCAUACACAGCAACUCCAGCAAAAUUCCCACCUUCCACUACACCCCACUCCACACAUAUACCCAUUAAACGCAGAAAACUCAAUGAUAGCCCUCGAUGAGGAGGCUGAGAGACGCACACUGCACACACACAGACAACACACUGACCAACUCAACAAAAUCACAAACUUUAACUCUACUUCUUCGUCCUUGCCCUCGUCGACUGCAUCGCAUAUCGCUAAUGCAGCUGUAGCUAAUGCGUCGUCAGACCCACACAACACUACGGUAUUUGUCGGCGGAUUGUCCUCUCUCAUCAGUGAAGACACUCUCAGAGUCUUUUUCGCGCCAUUCGGAGCUAUCACCUAUGUCAAAAUACCCCCAGGCAAGGGGUGUGGGUUUGUGCAAUUCGUUCGGAAAGCUGAUGCUGAGCGCGCCAUUGAACGUAUGCAAGGUUUCCCUAUAGGUGGAGGACGUAUACGACUAUCAUGGGGACGAUCACAAUCCGACAAAGCUGCUCAAGCUGCUGCUCAAGCUGCGCAGCUUGGAUUAGGAAUUGGGGCUUUGGGGCAAAUGGCGAAUCUGACGCCAUCGCAAGCAAUGCAACUCUCAAAUGCCCUGCAGAACCUCGGUAAUGCCGGAGUGACCAAUACGAGCGUGCAUAAUGCUAUCAAACACCUCGCUGCAGCUACUUCAGGCAUGCGUGGUCAGGGUGAGAGCCCUUCGCAGUCGCCAGCAUCAACUCCCGCACCACCUUCAGCUUCCGGUCAGGUGGCGAACAACCACCCACACCCACAGCAAACACCUUCGCUGUACAAUCCCAACCUCGACGUCUUCCAGCCACAGGAGAACAAACAGCAGUUUCAGAGGCAACCCUCACCACUCGGUCAAGUUAAUUUCGCAGGCGGUGCGGGAGCAGGAUCAUCUGCAUCAGCGCCUUCAUCAGCUUCAGUAACUAAUUCAGCUCCUCCCCCAGCUAACCGUACCGACCCUAUCUUUUACAUGCCCUCUGAUAAAGCCAACUUUCCUGAUUUCUCAGUGAUGGAGCGCGAGAGAAGUUUGUUCAAGUCAUUCAUGAAACCCGAGUCUCCGGGUACACCAGCAUCGACAGCGUCGUACAAAUCACCAACAACUGCAGCAUCAUUUGAAGAUAACUUUACUACAUUGACAUCACCAAAUCCAACAAACCCUAUGCCUUCACCGCCACUCAAGGCUAUGCCUGCGAAUACCUUGGAGAGCUUUUUCAAAUCGAGAGAGCAUAAUAGGGAGCAGAACACGCAGCAAAAUAUUCAACAGCAACAUAUACACCAAAGCCAACAGCAACUCAAUCAACAACAACAACAACAACAACAACAACAGCAGCAGCAGCAUUAUCAGGCUUACUCGCAAGCGCAUAAGGAGCAACAGCAUAUCAAUUACGAUGGAUUCCUUGCAUCAGAGAUGGGUGGAAUGGGUAUAAGAGAUCAAUUUGAUCAUUUCGAUCAUUUCGAUCAACUCGGUCACCUCGGUAAUCUCAACAAGCAGUAUCACAAGCAGCAACGCACGACAUCACCAUUUUCUACAUCGUCUCAACACCCCACAUCAUCAGCGCAGCACAAUCGUGAUAUAAAGAAUAUAUGGAAUUGA